AUGGGGGAUAUCCAUGGGUCAGUCGUCAGUAAGCCGUUGCAUUCAUCGCGUAACAGACGCAAUCUACCGUUCGAUGUUUCCUGCGAAGGUUAGGUUUCCAAUGACGCAAAUAGAGCGGCAAGCUGCAAAGGAAAUUUUUGCUUCAUCAUCGUCACCAUUUGUUGGAGGCACUAUUGGAGCUAUCGAUUGCACUCAUGUGUCAAUCAUGAGUCCCAAAACACAUGAAGAAGCUUAUGUAAACCACCAUGGAUACCAUUCCAUCAAUGUGCAAAUGAUAUGUGAUCCUUACCUCAAGAUUUUGGCGGUUAAUGCUAAGUACCCAGAAGCGCGGCACGAUUCUUUCAUUUGGAGCUCCUCUACAGUGCGAAGAGUAAUGCAGCGCAGUUUUGAAAGUGGAAACCACAAUAUGUUUUUUAUUGGUGACUCUGGAUAUCCAUUAGAGCCGUGUUUAAUGACUCCUCUUCCAAGCCAACCUCAAAGAAGUCCCAAAUUCCGCUACAAUGAGGCAUUGUGUAAAGCACGAAGCCCAGUCGAGCGGCUUUUUGGCGUUCUCAAAGGAACUUGGCGAUGCCUAUCUCAACAAAGAACUCUUUUGUACGAUGCUGGAUUCACUGGUAGAAUAGUCAAUGCGUGCUCAGUGUUGCAUAACAUUCGAUUAGGUGACCAAAUAUAUGAGCUUGAGUUCCUAGAAAAUAGAACAAAUACCGUCAAUUUCAAUCAUGAGGCACCAUCCUCAACAGCAAAACGCGUCCAAGAUCGCCUGAUCGCGAAUUAUUUCACUUAAAUAUCAAUUUGAUAAAUAAAAACUCCGGAAUAUAAUUUAC